UGCCUACAAAAAGACGCCAUUAGUAUUGCUCUCUUUUGAAAACAGCGCAGUCGUGCGUCGCGGUUGCCGCUCGUCGUCCAUGAUAUGUGAUGCUACUGCAGAGGAUUCCGGAGCUCGAGCUCGGAACGGCAGCGGGAGAGAAGUAAAUGCUCCCCCUCUUCUCCUCUUUACUUCAAGUAACGGCAGGUCGUGCCGGUGAAGUAAGCCGUAGCCCAACAUGAUCCCCUCCGACUGAGACGCAAACACGUCUAGUGUUUUGCCAAACAGCUGAUAGCUUUCAUCAGUUAAAGCCAUGCCUGACGAGUGAAGUUCCCUAUUUGCUCACAGAAAAAAAAACAGCACCCUACAUGUUUUUCCAUGUAGCCUCCUCCCUGUGUGUCCUGCUAGAGUAAACCCCCCCUCCAGAUAGGCAAUACUGCCCUGUCCCCUCUCCGCACCACCGCCCCUCCAUAUCCACCCGUCACAAUGCUGCUCCACCUCAGAAUGGCCAACACCUAAAGAUUCCCAUGCGUCCAGUGAGCGACGAUUCGGACGGUCCUGCUCCUCUUGAAAGCUUCUCGUGCCCCCUAACCCCAGUCAGCCCCCUGCUGCCCGCCUCAGAGAUGUCCCUGCUCCACUCUCUGGGCCCAGUGCAGAGCUGGCUGGGCCAGGAGCUGGAGAAGUGCGGGAUCGACGCCAUGAUCUACACCCGCUACGUCCUCAGCCUGCUCCUGCAUGAUAAUUACGACCUGCAGGAUCAGGAGAAUGACAUCUUGUUGGGCUGGGAGAAGGGAACUGGGAAGAAAUGGGCCAAGAGUAAGAAGAGAGGAGGAGGGACGGAUCUGAGUCUGGAGGAGAUAAAGAAACAAGCCGCUGUGCAAUGUCUGCGUUCAGCAUCUGAUGAAAACUCUGGAAUUGAGAGCCUGGUAGAGGAGCUUUGCUCCAAACUCAAGGACAUCCAAAAUAAACAGAAAGAAGAAAAACAGCUCAAGAAAUCUGAUGGAUGUCAGUCUCCUGAAGGAGUUGAGUCUCCUUCCUCAAAGGACCAGGUUGAAAUGUAUUAUGAAGCCUUUCCUCCUUUGUCAGAGAGAUCUGUUUGUCUCCAAGAGAUCAUGACGGUGUGGAACAAGGCUAAAGCCAUUGCUUACUCCGGCUCAUCAUCUUCCGCGGCCCCGCAGACCAGCACCGACACCUCCUCCCCAAAAGAUUGCAACAGCGAUGGUGAAGCUGCUAAGGAGAGAACCCCUGAGGCAUGCAGCACCACCACCAACCCAACCAGCCAGAGAGCCCAGCAGCGACGCAGCAAGAAAGAGAAAGAGAACCGAUUCCAUGGUGGCGCAACAGCAGAGGACCGAGCCGCCGUCCAUGGCAAGAAGCAGGUGAGGCACAGGUCAGAGGGCAAGUAUCGCCCUCGCUCCUGGUCCUCUGGUUCUAGUGAGGCUGGCUCGAGCUCUAGCGGGAACCAGGGUGACUCCAAAACGCCCAGCAGCAAGGCGGGCGGGAUCAGGCACAAGUCCAAGGAGGCGGGCAGCAGGAGUAAGAGGGGGCGCAACAGCGGACAAGUGAAGCUAGCUCUGAAGGCCAUCGACAAAGAGGAGCGGAGGAAUGCUGGAGGCAGCAGCAGCAGUGCCACUGGAGGCCCUCCGAGGCAAACGCAGCUCUACAAAAAGGGCAAAAGGCAGCUGAAGGAGCUUCGAAAAGAUCCAGGCUGGGGGGAAGCAAAGGAGUCCGGAGCUGAGGCCAGCAACAAAAAGGAGUACAUGGAGGAGCCCCUGUGGUACACAGAGCCCAUCACAGAGUAUUUAGUACCGUUCAGUAGCAGAAGGAGCAAACUAGAAACAAAGUACCGGAGCAAGUUGCACUCUCCAGACGACUCGACUAUGUCCACUGACUUAGGAAGGCUGUCUGAGAGAAUGCAAGGCAUCUGCAUUGCCAACACAAGCUUCCAGAGGGCGUAUCUGGCAGCGGGCACCUUCGUGGACGGGCACUUUGUUGAGGUGCCAGACGACGCAGACGAGGAGGCCACCGAACUCAAUGGGUCCUCAAGCUGCCCUCCGCCUGAUGAUGGUAAAGAUUUAGAUGACGAGCAUCUGUCUGAAUUCACUCACUUCUAUGAAGUCGAUAUUUAUCAAUCCAUAUUGGAUCCUAGUGCCUCAGACUCGGUACAAGAGAGUCGGAUCUUGAGCAUGAUUCGACAGAAGAGCGAAGAGCAAAGAGACUUUGAGGCAGAAUGUUGUUUAGUGUUAGAUGGCCUUGAGCUGCAAGGGGAAAGUGCAAUAAGGGUGGACUGUCAGGACGCUUUGGGAGCUGAUGGGUUCUUCAUGCAGUAUUUGGAAAACAUGGCUCAGGUCUGGGCAUGUUAUUCAUCCUCUAGCUCUGAAGAUAUAGAUGGAGAAAGCUUUGCAGGGGACUCUCCCGUUCGGUUCUCCCCCGCUUUGGACGGCGUUCCAUUCACCAUCGGCAUGCUGCCUGGAAACCUGGAGGAGCCUCAACUCCCAGAAGCCACCAGUGAAGCGCCUGGUCUGAACUCCUCCUGCUUGUGUCUUUCUGAGCUGCAGUACGAUAGCCCUACUCUUCCUUUUCUCACUGCUGGUCACGAAAACAACACAUAUUCAAGUAGCUGUCUAGAUCCACAUUGUAACAAGCAGUCUCGUUUGUUAAUAUGGACCAAAAAUAGUGCCUUUGAUGAAACUGAACACUGUUCAAACCUUUCAACGCGAACCUGCAGUCCAUGGUCGCAUUCGGAAGAGACGCGUUCAGACAAUGAGCAAAUAAACGUUCAAACAGAUGAGUCUGCUCUAAUUGGCAAUGAAGAGAUUAAUUUUAUAAUCCCUCCCAUCUCUGGUACAUACCUAGAGGAAGAAAUCCUUGACUUUUUACAAGAAAACACUGGCCGCCAGUGCGAGGAGGCCAAUGUAGGCACAGUGUCCAAUCCGACCAUCGCGAAGAAAUCUAAAUUGGAGUCCAUUUGUGGAAUAGCGUUAGAACAGGACGAGAGCAAACAGUACGACGCUGGCAUGUUUUCAGAUGACACAAACCAACAGAGUGACAACUACAGCAGCUCAGGGAUAAUAAAGGACAUUUGGACAGCUAUCGGAGAUGGGGAUCCCGCACUAUCACUAGGUGAAGAGAAGCCAGGCAAGGGCUUGUUUUCCCAGGAGUCGAGCAGCUACCACAGCGGCUGUCUCGACUUGCAGGCAAAGGAAGUUGGUCCCAUCCAAGGGCCUCCGAAGAAGGCAGUGCAGCGCUCUGAGUACCACCUGUGGGAAGACGGCCAGAACGGAGAGCAGGCCCCCCUGGCUAAAAACCAGCUUUCAAAGAUGAAUGCUUCCGGGGAUUACAUGACGCCGUCCAAGCCCUGGGACGUGAACCCUGAGAAGGACAACACGUCAUUCAUCCUGGGAGGAGUGUACGGCGAGCUGAAGACGUUCAGCAGUGACCAGGACUGGGCCGUGGUGCCGCCCGGCGACGCGAGAGGCAGCCUUCUACAGUGUGCCACUGCUGCCGCCUCGCCCUCUGGCUCAGACGUGGUAACCAUUGCUGGUACAGACCGUGUGUUCAUGAACACAGGCAGCUGCUUUGCCUCUGGCCACAAGCCCCUCUGGAGGCCCCUGGUCUCCUUCGGGCAGAGCGACCAGGCUACUAAAGGAGGUGGGGAUGGAUUGAAUAAGGGAUUUUCUUUCAUCUUCCAUGAAGACUUACUCGGAUCCUGUGCAGGCUUCAGUGGCGAGGAGCCGGGGCUCGACUACCCGUUUGCGUCCUUUGAUCUGAACAAUCCGUUCGCUCAAGUCCUCCAGGUUGAGUGCUCCUUCGAGCCUGAGGACAUGGCUUCGUUCAGCCCGGGGUUCAAGCCCAAAUCUAUAUUGUGCUCGGACUCUGAGAAUGAAGCUUUCCACCCACGGAUAUAUGGCAUCAACCGGACCACCCAGUACAGGGCCAUCCGCAUCUCCCCCAGGACUCACUUCCGACCCAUAUCAGCCUCAGAGUUGUCGCCCGGCGGAGGGAGUGAGUCGGAGGUUGAGUCCGAGAAAGAAGAGGAGAUGAGUGUUCCUGUCCUGGCCCCGCCAGAUAUCUCAGAUGACCCUCAGGCCGACCUCAAACCGCUAGAGGAGGACGCAGAAAACGAGGGCCCAUGCUACGGGAAGUCAGAACUGGAAUCUGGGAAAUUCCUGCCCAGAUUAAAGAAGUCUGGCAUGGAGAAGAGUGCCCAGACCUCACUGGAUUCUCAGGAGGGCUCCAGCACCCUCUUGCCAAUUGCUGAGCAAGAGAUUUGCUUGGACUGCGAAAUGGCGGCUGCAGCAGCAGCAGCAGGAGCAGCAGCAGCAUCGACGGCGAGCGGACGGAUGGAUGUCCCAGUCGACAAGAUUCAGAAGGAAGACUCCUGCAGGGAAAAGGAAGCCUGUAAAUGUUCUGCAGCUGGUCAGAGUCCCACAUAUGGGAAAACCUAUGACUUCGUUGAAGAUUUGCAUGAGUUCCCGCUAUUAAAUAUUAGUGGACAGGGACGAACUGGCAGCCAGCAAGAUGAGUGCUGGUGGCAGAACACAAUCUGUCCCCCCCUUUUCCCUGGAUCUCAGUGUACAGGGAGCAGCAACAUCUGAGAAGUCCAGCUCUGUGGAGAGGAAGCCUAUCGUCAGGAAGAUAUAGCCUCUUCUCCUUUGACUGCACCUCUACUUGCAGAAAUAUGGGGGACACCUCAGGACUGGGAAACCAUACGUUUCUGGACGGAGGAACCUCUCCUCCACAUCCCACCCCUAACCCUGCUGAUUUUCAUUUACUAACUUGAAUCUUGUGUAAUCAACAACAACAAAAAGGCGCAAGUAGGAAAAACUCGAAUAUGUUCUACAUGUCUUCAUGUGAUCCCAUAUCUGAAGACGUAUGCAUUUUAGAUUGGUUUUAGUUGAUUCUUUCAGACAUAAUUCAUCAUAAUUAGAGUCAGUUAGAUAUUAGGGACAGUCUUGUGUUUUUCCCUCCAUCGUUUUUUUCCAACCUUGUUUUUGCUUUUGACCUAGGAUACUGGUAGUUAUGGUGUCCGAAUGGUUGUGCAUGUGCCUGUCCUACUAGUCUCACUCCUUCUUUUCUAGUGUAACUGCUGCAAUUUCCAUGAUGUGACUGUGAUGCCACUCUUCAUAACGUAGUAUGAAAGCACCGCGAUCUCUUUUUCUUAUCAUUCAGAAAGAAUGUGGAGAUUUGAGUUGGAUGUUUAUUUAGGUGACAUGGGUGCCUUUUCUGACUGUGAAGGAAAGGGAAAGAAUGUGUGCAUCUUUCCCCCUCAAAAAUCGGUAUCAAAGAUCCCCCCCAGAAGUGUGCAAAGUUGAUUUAAGUGAGUAUAUGAUUUUGGGUGAAUGUCCGUUUUUCAGAACCUUAGUAGUAGACCUAGUAGAAAUGGUUUGUAAGGCAAAAAAAAGUAUAAAUCUACCAAAAAAUAUCUACAUUAAAAAUACAAAACUGCUGUUCAAUGCAAAAAAGCAAGAAAAAAAAAAGCAAGGUUGAGUUCAAUUUGGGGAGUGAUGGCCCUUUACAAAAAUAUUUCAGUAUAGCCAUUUCUAGAGGCACCGAUUUGCUGCAAUUGAAAGUUUUUAUUUUGUAAGCCCCAUAGUACAAACAAACAACAUUUCUGUAGCAGUUUCGAUAUUGUGGCUGUGAUAUGGAGAUCCUGUAGUUUUGUUUGUUGAGGCAGAGUGGAAGAAUCAGUUGAUCUUUUGGAGAAAAUAAUUGUGUGACUUGAUGGUUCUCGCUUUGUGACUUUGGUUUUUAUUUUAAAGAAGAUUUAAAGAUUUUAAGAACUUUUAACUAGUAAGUUAACUGGCCUGUAAUAACCAAUGGAAAGAAAUACUUAGUUAUUUGAUUUCAAUCUUGUUAUCAGAUUGACAGUCUAUUACAGAUAAUGUCACCUAUGUUAAUCCUACUGUAAGGUCUACAGCAGAAGCAGGAUUUUAAAGGCAAUGCAUUUCUACCCAGACACUACUUAAGAGCAUAAUAUAAAACAUUCAAGGAAAAGGUGAUCAACCAAAAAUAAUAACAUAAUUCCAUCGUAUGACAAUAUUUUUUUUAUUUUGAGGUGUUUUACUUUUGAUCUUUUUUGGUAUACAGUAUAUCCUUUAAGUAUCCAGAAAUGUCUACACUUUUUUUUUUGUGUGCGUACGUGUCUGCAUUGAACACGUAUAGAAAUUGGUUCAAAAUGACAUUGUUAGAACUUUAUCAAGAGAAAUGUAAAACACAUUUACAAGAAUGCAAAUGCAUUUUUGCCCCAAACCCUCUAAGUGCACGUGCACAAACUUAAGUUUAAUCAGAGGCCCGAAGAUGUUGGAUUGAUCGUUUCUGUGGCCUGUGCAUUGACUAUUAAAUCGUGAGUCGGCACACAUCUUUAGACUAAAUGCGUUUUGUUUUCUAUGUGCGUUGUGCUCAUCAUUAUCACUGCAGUGGUUUAUUUCUGUUUUUGGUUCCCUCCUUCCGCUUCAAAAUAUUCUUUUAUAAUGUUUUUUUUUUUUUUGAGGAAGAGCUGGGUAAAUAUUUUAGUCCUCAGAAGACCGAGGAAUUGAAGCACAGGCAACAAAUGUUUGUUACCAUCCCUCCAUGUACUCUUGUGAUGCAUCUGUUGCGCAGUCCAAAAUAUGUCCGCCAACAGUGUGUGCACACUGGUUCUAAUGCACUGUCACAGGGCACAGUGUCUCCACUGCGAGCACAGUUAUUGAUCCUAUGUUUUUUUAUUAUUAUUAUUCAUCGACCUCUUAAUGGACAACGGUAUCUUGAGUUGGUAUGGCAAAGUCGAUAACGAACCAUUUUCAAUUUGCCAGGGCCUCGAUGUCUGCCCCAUAAUUGUGGCGUUUGUUCUUCACUUGUGUUCAACCGAUAGAAACUUGAAUGAAAGACUGCUCUGAAAAUGUCAGACUACUUUCAAUUAUUUUAUUUAGACAGUUGUCAGUCACUCAGGAAUACUUAAAUACUAAAUAUGUUUUUUCAAAGUAGGUGGAAAACACUUCAUUCUGUGGCAGUGCAUCAGUACUUUCAUUCAAGCAUUAAUUUAUUACUGAAACUUCAUUUUGAUAUUUGAGCAAAAAAAUGGACAGGCGUUUAUUAAUCCCAAGCUUCCUACAGAGUUAAUUGUACAGCACUUAGUUGUAGAGCUAAGCCGACCGAGCCGUUUGAGAUUGCAUAAGAAAUGUGAGGGGGACCUUUCAUUGUCCUCGGUCAUAUGCAAAAUCUUGGCGCAUGCAAACUUAAACAUUCAAACGUAUGUGGAGAAAAGUCACUCCGUUUAUUUUGCAUGGCUUAUUUUUCAGUGCGGGAGAGCUGAGAAAAUAGACUGAACUGUUAUGGAGUGUCUUUUCAAAUAAGAGCAGCAUGUCAACAUCACACUCCAUCUAAGUUAAAUAAAACAACAGGUUUUGUAUAUGAAAAUAAGUACAGGCCAGGGUAAAGCAGUGACUUUCUAUUGUUUUUUACUUUGUGUGUGUGUGAAUGUGUGAGAGACCGAGUAACAGCACCUACAUGGGAGUUUGAAGGAAAUGCAUUAAUUUGUUUUUCUGUUUAUAUGAGGGGGGGAGUUUGGCGAGAAAAUGCAUCAAGUGAGAGAGUAUGCAUUUGAAACUACAUUGACGAAGUUUAACAAAUUGAGUUUUGAUUGCACUGUGGUCUGAAGAACAUAGCAUAUCCGGCACUGAAAACCAGAGUUUUCCUAGUCUCUACUAGAUGACACCCUCCCAUCCCUCAUCCUCCUCCCAUCUGUCUCAAGUGGUUGUAUUGUUCUAAUUUCAUGUACACCCUGAGUAAAUUAUUUUGUUUCAUUGUGGAGUUUCUUAACAUCUAAUAAAGGAAUAAACCAAAUCA